CGACCAGUCUCGAUGCGACCGUCUUUCGAGCCUUCCGGUCGGGAGAACACGUCCUCUAGAAUAUGCACAAGUUAAUCAUCGUCAUAUCGACAACCAUAUCGCAAAUUCGGAAUAUGCUAUUAAAAGUGAAAAAAGUGAAUUAAAUUGUGCGAAUGUGUUCAUGAAAUUUUGAGUGUUUUAUUCCGUGAUUUUUCAUUGAAGGUGUCGAGAAUUUGGGGAAGAAGAUGGGAAGAGUGAUCGAAAAUGAUUAAAAAUAGUUAAAAAAUCGUGUGGUUGCAAAACUAUUGAAAAACUUCCCAAAGUUUCAAGUCCAAAUAUAUUAUUUCCCGAGAACAAUCGUUAUUAUUGUUAGGAAAUAUUAUGUGACUGGAACGCGCGUGUAUCAUCCAUGAAACAUCGGUUUGUGUCGCCAACCAUUUUGAAAUUUUUCGAGAAAGUAAAAGAGACUUUGCAGAUUAAAAAAUACGGCUUUGAUAAUACUGAUUAAAUUUGAAACUAAUUAAUUACAGAUCUCAACUUAUUAUCGUUCCUAUUGUAAAAAAAUAAUAUUUUUUAUUAGAGGUAUUUUAUUGAAUUUAUAAUUUUGUGAAUUUUCUAGAAGAUUGCAAAUUAGCUAUUUAAUAUAUCGUUCUGGUUCACGCUUUAGUCAAGUAUUCAACGGUAUUUUAAAGUUCAAGAAUUAUCCGCUACAAGAACUAUUGAGCUCCUUCGAAGUGCUAUAAGAAGUGAUGUGGGGCUUGUGUGCUUAACUUGGCAGUGGAUUUUAUAAAAGACGAACUAUCCCUCUUCAACAUUUUGACACGGAUUAAGGAUUACUUUCGCAAACGACGCCUUUUGGAUAAGCGUAUAUGGCCGAUGCGCGAUUGGAAUGGCAGAAAAGUUGCGCGAGGCGGCUGCUCGCGGCGACGUUGCUCGAGUCACACGCUUGCUCGAUGAAAAUGUUAAACCGUUGCCCGAUGAGAAUGGCCGGGGGCCCCUGUUGCUGGCCGCGGCAGGUGGUCACGUGGAAGUGUGCGAGACCCUGUUACUGCAGGGCGUCGACGUUAGUGCCGCGGACGAUCAUGGAAACUCGGCGCUACAUGAGGCAUCAUGGCGCGGAUACAGUCGGACCGUGGCGGUUCUGGCGAAGGCCCUCGGGACCCAGCGGGCCCCUCUGCAUGCCAGGAAUCUCGCCGGAUUUGCACCGCUUCACCUCGCCUGUCAAAACGGCCAUAAUCAAAGCUGUCGAGAGCUCCUCCUAGCCGGCAGCAAUCCCGAUCUUCAGAAUAACUACGGCGAUACGCCACUUCAUACUUCGGCACGUUACGGUCAUGCCGGUGUAACCCGUAUACUAAUUUCAGCUCUGUGCAGGGUAUCUGAUCAGAACAAAAACGGCGACACCGCCUUGCACAUAGCUGCUGCGAUGGGUCGCCGCAAGUUGACGCGAAUCCUUCUGGAAGCCGGUUGCGAUCGAAGUCUGCGAAACAAACAGGGUGAAACGGCAAAGGAUAUUGCUCGCCGUAAGAAUCACACCGAAAUUCUCGAGAUUAUCUCCAAGGCUCGCGGUAAGAGCCGAAUGCGUAGUAAAAGCUGCGAAAGAGAUUUAGUAGACGGCAAGAUAGAUAACGAUAAGGCAAUAAAUAAAAAGCGAGAAAAGACUGGAAGUGGCACGAGUGGUGGCGGAAGCAACUCGAAGAAAGACCGAAAGAAACACAAGCCCAGCAACAAGCAGCAUAAGGUCCGCUUUGAAAAGGCCAUCAUGGGCCGACAAUGGUCGCCUUAUGGCUGUCAUUAUUAUCCUGACCCGGAAGCGUUCCCUCAACCCCGUCUGGACUCUUUGCCAGCUGACCCUUUAGGACGAGGCGAGCAAUAUUACUUGGAUCUGGCGGGUAAUAUCAGAAAAGGUCCCGUGGGCGUAGGAUAUACGUGCUAUUGCGCGCCAUUUUUCCGUCAUAUGGAAGCAAAGCUGGAACGAGACAAGGCCGAGUUAAAAGCGCAUAUCGAUCAAGCUCACGAGAAGCUGGAUCUGAAGGUGGCCAAUCUGGAAAGGAGGACCAGAGGACAGAUCUCAGAACUGACACGAUGCGUUCAGGAAGAACGUUCUAGAUGCGACGAGAGGUACUCGCACUUCCAGCGAUACUUGCAGCGAGGUGGAAGAGGUACAUACAGCGAAAGACCGAUGAAAACUAACUACAAUCAGUCGGAGACGGUGAUACCGGCUAGAACGAGAUCAUUGGAAGAUCUAUUGGAUGAUCGGCCGCAGGAUCGCAGUUUCGAAAUUCCGGGGGAAACGCCGAUUCAUCGCGGAAGUUUGGAUGAUCUUGAUAUACCGGCUAUACCUAGACUUAGCACGUCUAUGAGAGAUUUACCUUCGAGAUCUGGAACAGCUAGAUCGGCGCUUAGAGUAUUGGACAUUCCUCCGAGAUUGAACGAAACAUUCGACGGGGUGAUUCGGCAAGGUGGAAUCUCGCCCUUAGACUCAGCACCGGCGGAAUCACCUUCUAUGGAAGGAAGGCAUCAACAAAGGGAUUGCACGUCGUAUGAUAUGCAUGGCAUGGCCGUGGAUAAUAAUAAUACUCGAAAUAUCGGCGAUGGAAAUACGAUGGAAUGGAAUGGAGAUCGUCGUAGUGUCCACGAGAUAAUUAAGCGAUUUCAGCAAGUACCUGAUAUGCAUAAUGGUUGGCAAAGGAUUUGCUCCAGAAGUAACGAGCAAGCUAAUCUGGAUGAAUAUACCAAGUGCUCGCAAAAUCAGAGAGUGCAUUCUCAAGAUAAUGACAGCGAAAGUAGCGAAGGGGAAGGCGAUGACACCGAACAACCCGAGGCAUACAAAGGAGCGAACUGUAGAAAAGGUAUUCCCGAAGAUGUGCACUACGACAGUAUCGCGAGAAUGCCUUACAGAUCACGCAAUCCGGUAUACAGUCCGACACCGCCUCUGCACGAUACCCAUAACGAUUCUGGAUACAGUACUCGCAUGUACGGCUCCAGCAAAGGCGCAUCGCCCUCCUUAUCAGGUCAGCUAGAAUGUGACGUUAUUCUACCACCUUCGACGGGAUCAUUCACGAACGGGGAACAACUCGCUGCUUUGUUGGAGCAGCCAAGAGGACACGAUCUAACGGUUUACGAGAGAAAUGCCGAUAAUGUUGUAAUUAACAUCGGUACUGCCAGUCUGGUUUAGCGCAGCUGAAACCAUAUAGCUCUUCAACCGAAAAUAAAAUAAUUUUUAAAAUAUAUAAAGUAUAUGUAAUUUUGUUACACACAUUGUACAUAUAUAAAAUAUAUACAUAGACUGCUCUAGAGAUGUUAAAGCAGUGACUGUUUUGCUGUUAAUAUCAUCGUUAUAAGUGUCAUAUCCGUCCGCAUUGCCAUGAUUUUAUUUUACACAGAAAUAGAAAUAAAUAUUAUAAAAUGAGAGUAACAAUAUAUUUAUUAUCUCUGUAAUAUAUGUGAAUUUUGUCUCUCUAUAAUAAAAAAAUUCAUGAAACGCG